GCUUAUAUCUCUCGAAUCAUUUGAAUUGGAGGCUGGUAGAGACAAUUAUAGGAAUACGUCAAGUGUACCUACUGUCUUCAUUAACCGCAAAGCCAACACCAAAACCUCAUAGAGAAAUUUACAUUCAUCAUGGCUGUUUCACAUGAAGUCGCCCAGAAAAUCAUUAACAAGAAAAACCUAUACUGCCAACUUGUCGAUACCGAUCAAUACCAAAGGGUCGCAGGAGAAUUUAUGCUGUCCGAUGCAACGUCCACCUGGUACUCCGAUGGAAAGAUAAUGAACGAUAAAGGGGUCGAAUUGAAUUUUUCUAGCGCCCUAGCCAUGACGAAGUACUGCGCAAAUAGAUUCAAGAACUCACAAUGUAUACACGCUAUCUCUCCCCCACAUCUAGAACAGAUUGGCCCCGACGAGGUCAAGGCAGUCUUCAUUAUCCGUUAUGAUUACGGCCCGAAGGGAUCGAACGCUGGAAAACACUGCACCGGUGGGGGUUAUUAUCACGAGCGCUAUGUGCGCAAAGGCGAGGACUGGUUUCUGAAGGACAUGAAAAUGUACCGGACGUACGAGAGAGAGGUAUAAUACCCGAUAUAUUAGAUGAUCUGCUGAAGAACGCAACAUUUUCGUCCCCUUCUGUUUGCGGGCAGGUAGGAUAUCUUCU